AUGCGAGAUGAUGAUGAUGACGACAUCGUAUGUUGUCUUAUAAGACAAGCGGAGCUACAGACCAAGAUUUAUGAGUACAAUGGUGCUUUACUGAAUUAUGGCAAAGCUUUAGAGAUUUAUCUGAAACACGAAGAUAUUCUUCAUAGCAAUGUUACUUCAAUUUAUAGACAAGUGGCAGUGAUUUAUCUCAGACAUAAACAUGAUUAUCAUUUAGCGCUCAAAUAUCAACUGUUAAAACAUAAAAAUACAUUGAUGACAUGUACACCAGACUUUGGGAAUGAAAACUUUUAUAUUGAACAAAAGAAAAAACAUACAGCUGAGAGUCAUCUGGAAUUAGCUGAAAUUUAUAUAGCACUUAAACAAUAUGAUCUAGCUACCGAACAUUUAAGAACGGCUAUGAAAAUCAAUGAUGAGCGUAGUUCAAAAUAUACUAUAGAUAUAUCUGCUGCUUGUUAUGAAAUAUUUGCUGAUGUUUACCUAGCAUUAAAUCAAACUGAGUUGGCCACUGAACAUCUACGAAUAGCCAUGGAAUUAUAUAAAGAACUUAAACAGCAGCAUAUUCAAGCGCCAGGCGAAUUCAGACAUCUUAUGUAUGAACCAAAAGAAUUGAUCGAAAGCGACGAAAUCAAGAUCAAAUGUAUUGAAGAAAAAGUGAAUAAUCGCAGUUCGAUCGUUUUUAAAAAUUGUCCAAUCUCAUUCGUGUCACAACAGUAA